UCAUAAAACUCGUGGAAAGAUCCGUUGUGUUCCCAUUGGCUUUCGUCAUCGUUCUGUCAUUUCAUAACCUCAUUAAGAAUCAUUAUUACUGGUACGAGCUGCAUGAGGAUGAUUUCGCGAUGCCCGACGCAGUGGCGGAUCCAGAAUUUCGUCGAGGGGUGACCGCGCAACAUAAACGCAGCUCGUUGGUUGCGACGAGAGGAAGCCAGUGGUGCCUGUCUUUAAGAGACCGUUCAGCUUGAACAGCCAUGGCCCACAUGGGAAGUGGCGAUAUGCGCGGCAUGGGGGACGGUCCACCAUCACAGCUGAAUCGGGAGCCACGCCCUGAGUCGGCCGUAAAAACAGAUAUGAUGCGUCCGUCGCAGUACAAGCGCGAGAUGUGCAUGACGACGGCCGACCGGCACCGCGCCUUCUCCGACAAACGCGAGCUCGACCGACUGUACGCCGGACACCGGCCCUACAAGGCCUUCACCGUCAUCCCGCACCGCAUCGUCUUCCAAAAGUUCAGCCGCUGCGACACGCAGGAGCAGCAGGUCAUCUUCAGGAACGACGAUUGCGUGCCGCACCUGUUGCGCGUCAUGCCGUCCAUGUCGCCCUACAUAUCGGUCACGCUGGUGUCGGCCCAGGGCGGCAAGCUGGCGCCGGGCAUGUUCGUCGCCUACCGGGUCACAUUCAGACCGGAGGAGCAGUGCGACUACUACUACGAGCUGCAGUGCACCAGCGACCAGGUCACGUUCGCGGUGCCCGUCAUAGCGAUCGGGCCAAGAGCAAUCCUGGACUUUCCGGACCGGAUCGUGUUCCAAAACCACCCCGUACACGCCGAAACGUCCAAGCAACUCUCCGUGAAAAACGUCGGCCAAAAAGCCGCCAAGUUCUCUCUGGAUGUUGCCAAGCCGUUUUCCGUCGAGCCGCGCUGCGGCUCGCUGCCGGUGGACGGCGUGACACAGGUGACGGUCCGCUUCGUGCCCGGCCGGGUCGGGCAGCACAGCGCGCGCGCCCAGCUCACCUACGACAACGAGCGAAUCCCGCAGGUGAGAAGGUGA